UUAAGCUAUAUGACAUCUCUGAAGAAUACCAACAAUGAAGAUAACUCUAACAGCCUUUGCACUCAUCAUCCAAACAUUACAUUGUUUGGCUUUAGACGAUUCACCAUUUCAACUGACCAACAAGGACACUGGUUUUUGUUUGGUUAAAACAAAUAACCAAUGCAAUGAUAUACGCUGGACAACUGGUGACCGACUUCUGGUUCUACAAAAGAAGAAAUGCCUGGGAGUCCAGGGGAAAAGUGUGGGGAGUGAAGUAAGCCUCUAUGAUUGUGACGAAAAGAGCGACCUCCAAAAGUGGGAAUGCAAGAAUGGAACAGUGCUCGACCUUAAAGACCAGCAGCUCUACAUUGAGCUCACUGCAGAUAACACAGCAGUUCUCUCCAAAACAGUAGGACCCAAUAACCACCUCACAAUUACAGGGACGCCCAACGGUGCUUGUACAAGAACAGUUAGAGAACUUUAUACUAUUGAUGGAAAUGCAGCUGGACUGCCAUGCAUGUUUCCCUUCUACUACAAAGACCAGUGGUUCUCAGACUGCACCACACUUGACUCUCCAGAGAAGACUCUUUGGUGUGCUGUUGAAACCAAAUAUCAAAGUGAACAUUGGGGCUACUGCCCAGUUACUUCUAAAGAUGGCUGGACAAAACACCCAACAACAGGAGCGUAUUACCAGCUCAACACAGGAGCAGCUCUGACUUGGGCCCAGGCUGAAGCCAGCUGCAAACAGCAGGGUGCCUCCCUGCUCAGUAUCACAGAUCCUCAUGAGCAGGCUUACAUCACAGCACUACUAGGUCGUAGGGGCAUUAAGCUUUGGACUGGGCUGAUCCUGGAUCCACAACAUGGCUGGAAAUGGUCUAAUGGGAAGCCUUACCGCUAUCUGAAAUGGGACUCAGGGCAUCCCGUUUCUAAUGUUGCACAGAACUGUGCAAUUGUCAAUCCUGCUGUACAGUACUCCUGGCAAAGCUCACUUUGCAGCAAGAAAUUUGGGUAUAUCUGUUACAGUGAAGAGGCCGAGAUAUUGCCUACACAAGCUGUUGAGACAGGGUUUUGUUCAAGACCUUGGAUUCCUUACAGUGGCCACUGCUUCUACCUUAAUCGUACUCAGAACACAUGGUCUGAUGCUCAGAUAGAGUGUCAUACCAAAGGAGCGGACCUAGUCAGCAUGCGUGAUGUGAAGGACCAAAGCUUUGUCCUGUCUCAACUUGGAUACACAUCCACCGAUGAGCUUUGGAUUGGACUGAAUGACAGAAAGACAGAGGGACUGUUUGAGUGGAUUGAUCAUUCGACUGUCAGCUUCACUAGCUGGGAAUUUGGGAAACCUGCUGUCUCCACUGAUCUACAGGAUUGUGUUCUCAUCAGGGGAGAGAAUGGAAACUGGGCUGACCGUGUGUGUGAGGAGAAACAUGGCUACAUUUGUAUGAAGAAGAGUGCCUCAAAACCCACUGGAGAUGAAGUGGAGCAGGACGUGGGCUGCAAAACUGGCUGGAGAAGACAUGGCUCGUACUGCUACUUCAUAGGGAGACAGACCAAAACUUUUGAUGAAGCCAAAGAUGACUGCAAGAGCUCAGAUUCUUACCUCGCUGAUGUUUCAAAUGGGGUUGAUAACGCAUUCCUUGUUAGUUUGGUGGGGAUGAGACCAGAGAAGUACUUCUGGCUAGGCCUCUCAAACCAGAAAAACACUGGUCAGUUUGUGUGGACCAACACAGACUCAGUGAGGUUUACUCACUGGAGCGCUGAGAUGACAGGUCACCCACAGGGCUGUGUUGCCAUGACAACUGGGGUUUUUGCUGGUCUCUGGGAUGUGCUGCCCUGCACCAAUAAGGAGAAAUAUAUCUGCAAACACCUGGCAGAGGGGGCAGUUUUAACCCCUGCACCACCCACUCUCUCCCCUACCUUAUGUAAAGACGGCUGGAGUCAAAUAGGAUCAAGAAACCUUUGCUUUAAGCAUUUUGAAGCUUAUAAUGAGAGAGCAAGGACCUGGUUCCAGGCCAGAGAUUACUGUAGGACCAUUGGAGGAGACCUGCUCAGCAUCCACAGCGAGGAAGAGCUAGAAGUCCUACCGCAUAGCAGUCAAAAUGCCUGGAUUGGACUUAAUGCCCUUGACCCUGUCACCGGUUUUGUAUGGAGUGAUGGAUCCCCACUGCAGUUCCAAGACUGGGAGGAUGGAGAGCCAAACAACAGAAAAAAUGUGGAAUAUUGUGUUACAUUCAGAAAGGGUCGGGAUUAUGAAAGUGGGUCUUGGAAUGAUGAGCAUUGUGAGUCGCAGUAUGGAUGGCUGUGCCAGAUCCGUAUAGGGGUGAUUCCAAAACCACCUCCAAGCCCUGUUACUCCUGACUACAUUACAAGAUCGGAUGGAUGGAUAGAGUGGAAUGGGUCUCAGUAUUAUACUGAUACUUAUAGUGGAGCCAUGGAAGAUGCUCGUCGCUAUUGCCAACGUGAGCAUGGUGACUUGGUAACUAUCAACAGUGAAGCUGAAAGUGUCUUUCUAUGGAAACAGAUAGACCACAGUUAUGAAGAUAAGCCUUACUGGAUAGGCCUGACCGUAGAUUUUGAUGGGACAUCUGAGUGGAUGGAUGGCUCUCCAGUGGUGUUUCAAAGGUGGGAUGAAAACCAACCUGAUUUCAAAAACAAUGAUGAGAACUGUGUUGUCAUGACUUCAUCUCUGGGCUUCUGGCAUGAUUAUAAUUGUGGGUAUGAUCACAAGUUCAUUUGUAAACGCAAUGGCUCAACAUCUGCCACUUCCAAGGCCACUGUGAAAUCAACAGUUCCUCCAAAUGGUGGCUGUCCACAAAACUGGAAAAAAUUGAACUCAAAGUGUUACAGCAUCAUUAAUAGCCAGAGAGAGACGUGGUUUGGAGCAAGAACACAAUGCAGAUCAAUGGGAGGAAAUCUCGUCUCAAUUCUCUCAAGACACGAGCAAGUGUUUUUGGCUAGUAACAUGGUCGACCUACCUAUCACAGCCCUGUGGAUUGGUCUGUAUAAAGUAAAUGACAAUACGUUUCUCUGGACUGAUGGGAGACCAAUGCAAAUCUACAACAUGGAGAGGGAAUGGUCUUAUUACAACAGGCAUCAUAACAGUGAGACUACAUGUGGUGCGAUGACCAACGAUCCCAACAGUGGUAUUGGAACGUGGAUGAGAAAGUCCUGCAAUGACACCUAUGGAUAUAUCUGUCUUCGAAAUGUUGACCCAUCUAUUCCAGACUCUCCUGAACCAACAACCACUGGCUAUGUGAAAGUAUUUAAUGACUCUAUCAAGAUUGUUGCUCAAAAAAUGAGCUGGGAUGCAGCUAAAAAGCACUGUGAAGGUGAUGGUGCCAAACUGACUAACCUGCGAAAUGAGUGGGCCCGAGUCUUUAUUCAGCUGAUGGUUUUAAAUCUCAAAGCUCCUGUGUGGAUUGGACUGAAUACAAUGGAGACUGGCGGAUAUUACAGAUAUAUUGAUGGCUGGCAUCUCACCUCAACCAACUGGCAGAGAGGGGAACCAGAAAGAGAUCGACCAUGUGCGUUCGUGAGAGAGAAUGGAGAGUGGAAGUCUGCUGACUGCAGCAGGAAGAUGAGCAGCAUUUGCAUGAAGUCUACAGAUGUGCCACCAAGAGAGCUGAGUGAGCCAAGUGAUUUCCCGGGACUUUGCCCUGAAAACCCAGAAGCAUCCAGAUAUUCAUCUCCGUAUGUGUGGCUACCAUUUAGGGCUUAUUGUUACCUCUUUAUCACAAAAACCGUUCAGUGGGCAGAUGCAGCUACUACCUGUGCAAUAUAUGGUGGAACUCUAACAAGCAUUGAGGGUCCUCUCGAGCAAGCAUUCAUUUGGAGCAAUAUUCAAAUAUUUGGAGGCGGCAACUAUAAUUACUGGAUAGGCUUAUAUAAAACUCACAGAGGCAUGUGGCGGUGGUUGGAUAACUCUGCUAUGGUCUACACUAACUGGUAUGAGGAUCAAAGCAAAAGCGAAGGUCAUGGACUGAUUGAUAUUCAAGAUGGGACAUGGUCAGCAACUGACCGUCGUGGUGACCGACCUUUUGUUUGCAAAGCACCCAAAGUAUUAAAAGAAGCUCCACUAACAACUGUAAAUCCUACGGUGGAGCCUCAAACCCAAGCCCACACCAUUUUGGCAGUUGUGCUGGUCAUUAUUGCAAUCGCCAUAGGGACAGUCAUCGCCUUAUUUCUCUUCAAGAAAUCUUGUCACCGCUAACCCAACCCUGAAAAGUUAUCUAGCGAAGACGAUUUCACUCUUUUUCAACACUGAGCGGUCCCAGGCUGGUCUGGUCGACACCGUUAAACGUGAAGCAAAUGCAGAAGAGGAGAACCCUGCACCUGUUCUAACUGUAAUGUAAAUGCCAGCAGAAUCUACUGGGGCAUACAAGAAUUUCUUUUUUUUUUUUUUUUUUUGAAAUGAGAGCUGUUUCAAUGUAGCUGGCAAGAACUGGCUUUCAUGAACAAAACAUUGUAAGAUGUUGGAUGUCUCAUUUGACAUACAAAUCUCCUCUUGUCCUGAAUAAUGUUUGAUGUAUAUUCUAUGACUAAGUGAUUUAAGACAUUGAUUCAUACUAUAUUUUACUUUACAGUACUAUGCUUGCUAGGAUUGUGAAAUUUCUACCAGACACUGGACAAGGCAAAAUUAAUACAUGUUCCUACUGGACCACACCAUGCUUUUCAUCAUCCUUGAAGCUAUAGAUGACAUUUUAUCUGUCUAGAAAUCCAGGUGACUCGUAAGAUAUGUCUUGUAAAUGAAAAUUAAAACAAAUGUAUUAAAAGACACUGUAAAACCACAA